GGAUGAACAAAAGUGCACAGAGUGACCAAGAGGCUGAACAACAGUGCACAGAGUGACCAAGAGGCUGAACAACAGUGCACAGAGUGACCUGGAGGCUGGAAAAUAAUCCACUGAGUUGACAGUCACCCUUCCAGCGAGACCUUUACCCUGGUGGAGGUGGUGGGGGGAAGCUGUUUACCCUCCAGCCCGGAGUCCUGACUCGACCCCCCACUGAAAGACCAUGUUUUAUGUCAACGUCUUGACCCCCGACCGCGUCCCUGAAUUUUUCAUCCCGCCAAGAUUCACCCCCCAGCGGAAAGCGGGGGCGGCUCAGCACCGAGCGGGCGGGGAGGCCGCCCUGCGGGACGGGCGCACGGGCGGAGACGGCACGGAUUGGGACCCCAGGUCCCGGGCGGCCCUGUCGCUGCCCCAUUUCCCCCGGGCUCGCACCCCUUACGGUUUCUGCAGGCUGCUGGAGAGCCCCCACACCCGGAGGAAGGAGUCUCUCUUCCUCGGCCAGCCUGUCGCAGCGGGGACCGGCCAGCGGGGCGUCCACCCCUUGCCCACGCCUCUCCCCCCCACUCCUCCCCCUCCCCACCCCCCGAACCCGGGGAGGCAGCGGGUUUGUCUCCGGCUGCUCAGUGUGGAGGGUCUGUACGGGCGGUUCGCCGAUUGUCGAGGCGUCAGCUGCUGCCUGUCUCUGCAGCUGGACCCGGGGAAAAGCCAGAAGCAGCGGAGCAGGAACCCGAUCUUCAACCAAGAUUUCUCCUUCUUCGGAAUCACUGGGGACCAAUUGCAUUCCAAGCUCUUAAAAAUUAAAGUCAUUAAUAAAGCCUCCCGGAUGAAGAGGGGCUCUGUUUUGGGAGUUUGCCAGUUGUCUUUAGCCACUAUCUUGCCGCUGUAG